CAAAUAAUUUAUAGUAGCUAGGAUCAAAUCAUGUCGGCAGAACGGAAGUUUUUCGUGGGAGGUAACUUCAAGAUGAACGGGAAUCUAGAGUCCCUCACUGCUAUAGCAGAUAGGCUGAACUCUAGUGAACUGGAUGCUAAUGUGGAGGUUGUUAUUGCUCCCCCGGCCUGUUACCUCGCUAGUCUCAGCUCUCAGCUGGCUCAAAAGGAGAAUGUGAACGUAUCAGCAGAGAACGUACAUCAGGCAGCUAAGGGCGCGUUCACCGGAGAGAUAAGCUGCUCCAUGGCACUGGAUUGUGGUGCAAGCUACGCUAUCCUAGGACAUUCCGAGAGGAGACAUGUCUUUGGGGAGACUAACAAACAAAUUGGCGAGAAGACAAAAGCAACGCUAGCUGCUGGCCUCGUUGUUAUUGCUUGUAUUGGAGAAAAGGGUGAGGAUAGGAAAUCAGGCAAUACAAUGGUUGUGUGUGUUGAACAGCUAACUGCUUAUAAAGAUAAUGUGGAAGACUGGAGUAAGGUGGUGAUUGCGUACGAGCCUGUUUGGGCCAUCGGAACGGGUGAGGUAGCAACUCCCGAGAUAGCCCAAGAAACCCACCUCAACAUUCGCUCAUGGCUCUCUGAUAACGUUAGUCCCGAAGUGGCUGCCUCAGUAAGAAUAAUAUACGGAGGCUCCGUUAACGGAAAGAACUGCAAGGAACUGGCAUCCCAGCCGGACAUUGACGGGUUCCUAGUGGGUGGCGCCUCGCUGAAACCAGAGUUUGUUGAUAUUAUCAACUGUGAUUGUUAGGACGUUAUCUUGAUUUUGAGAUAACGAUUUGAUGAUGCGCGGGACUUUACAAGACUCUUUUUUUCAAUUUCUGAUUGAAAAACGUUUGAUUUUUUUGCAAUCGAUUUUGAGAUUUGGAUUUGCAUGGUACAAGAGAUUUCAUUUCUUACAGAAAUCUUUGCUAAACUCUUUGUUCAAUAUACGUUUUUUUGUCUUGAUGGCACAUUGUGUUGACUCACCCCGCAGUUAUCUUAGCCGUUUUUAUUUGGGUUUUUAUAAUUUAAAAAGUUGAAAUGAUAUCUAAUUCUAUUGAUUUACCUGAUAUGAAUUUUUUUGUUAUUAAUUAUGGUUACAUGACAAAA